AAUGUCCACAUCCACACGGAGACUGAGCAGAGAGCAGCACAGCCAUGGACGGGGCAGCUGUCGGGUCCACCUGGAGGGGUCCAGUAUCCCCCCAAAACAGCAUUUCCACUGUGACUUUUAACCAACCUGUCAUCGUGACCCCCAAGGGACUGCUUCUGAUUGCUGAAAUCCUCUUUGGGCUCCUGGUGUGGAUCCUAGUUGGAGGUACAGACUAUUUCCACCUGCCGGCUCUCUGCUGGGUGAUGUUUGUCGCCAUCUUGUGUUGGAUUCUCACCCUCAGUCUGUUUAUCAUUUACUUGACUGGAGUGCCAACCAGGGCCCCACACAUCCCCUGGACUACACUGUCCCUCUGUGUGAACGCUUCUGCCACGGCAUUGUACCUGAUAGCAGCAGUCGUGAAUACUGCUACUGUGAAUGAGGCCACUAGAGGGCGCCACAAUUUCAAAUGUUGGGCUGCAUCGGCUUGUUUUGCCUUCCUCACCACUCUGUCCUACGCCAGCAGCAGUUUCCUGAGCUACCAAGACUGGAGGAGAUCACAAGAGGGCAAUCCCCAGUGAGCUGCCAAAGAAGUGAUGCAUGUGCCAUUGUAAUGUCCACCUAGCAUCUGCAGCUCUGAGUCA